AUGAGCGAUGAACAGAAGACAAAUGAAGAAUUCAUAUCAACAUUUUAUUCUAAUAUUCCUCUCAGUAAAAAGGCAACGUGUCGAGGUACUGUUACAGUUGAAUUUGAUAUUGCCCAUAUAAUUUUGACGAAUAAUAACUCAGCAAAUUUUCUUUAUCAACGUUAUAUUAAAUCUUAUGUUGCGGUUUUCAAGGGUGCCAAAGAAACAGCAUAUUUAAAAGGAAAUCAACAAUGGAAAAAUCUAAAAGCUGCUGGUGAUAAUGAGAAUAUAGAAAAAGAAAUUCAUCGUUUGACACUGGAACAGAAAUUAAAGCAACCAAAAACUUUAUUUACAGUAUGGGGACGACAAUCUACAACAAAUACAAAUCCUAUUCAUAAUUCAAAAUCAAUUAUGUAUUCAGUUGUAACUGGAACUGAUACAACAACAAAAACUGAUAACACAAAUACAUCAUCAGCAUCUGAUUCUUCUUUAUCAAAGAAGCUCUCCAAUCGUACUACGACAUGUCAUGCUCAACAUCCAGAUGCUGUUGCUGCAUAUAAUCUUGCUGUAUAUGACCAAAUUGGACAACCAUCUAUUGAAGAUCGUGGUCAAAAAAGUUUACUUGAAGUGAUCAUUGAAAUUGCUAGUCGUGGUGCAGCAGCAGAUCCUUGUCGAAGUUCAGAUUUAAUAUCUCCUUGCAUGACACUUGAUGAAUUAAUUGAACGUUUAAAAGAACGUGAUUUUGUACUUAGUUGUUCAGCAACAUAUUUACGAUUAAUACCGAGAUGA